GCGGAAGGAGAAGAGCACGGGAGGGUCGGCUCAUACGGAGACAUGGAGGGGACAGGUGGACCGACCGCGUACGGGGCUCCGCUAGCUGGAGGGGGCUUCGACUUUCACAGGUUCAUCCGGGAGCCGCAGACCAUCGUGCGGCUGCUCAGCUGGGUGUUUGCCAUCGUGGUGUUUGGAACCAUCACUGGAGAAGGGUACAUCAACACUGUGCAGAAACCUGAGGGGAAAUGCAUUUUCAACCAAAGUGAUUCUGCGUGCAGCUAUGCUGUUGGUAUCGGGGUGAUCGCCUUCCUGGUCUGCGUGGCCUUCCUCGUGUUGGAUGUUUAUCUGCCCUUUAUGAGCAACGCACAGGAAAGAAAAUAUGCCGUCAUGGCUGACCUGGGAUUAUCAGGGGUGUGGACCUUCCUGUGGUUCGUGUGUUUCUGCGUGCUGACCAGUCAGUGGAGUCAGACGCUGGAUGAUGGUGGUAUUCCUUUGGACGCAGCACGGGCCACCAUCGCCUUCUCCUUCUUCUCCAUCGCCACAUGGGGGAUCCUGACCUAUUUCGCCCUUGGUCGUUUCCGUCGAGGUGUAAACGACGGCCCCGUUCCUGCCUACACCGAGCCGCCACCGGAUCACCACACCCCCUACCCUCCGACCUACGCACCCACCUCCUACAACCCCACCACGUACACCCCAACCACCUACACCUACCCCAGCAACGUGCCCGAGCCGCACCAUCAGCCUCCCUUCACCUCAAACCUCUCGCCGCAGGGAGACGACGGCUACCAGCCGCCGAAAUACUGACAGAACAAGGAGGCGUGGUGCACGAGGUGGGGCUCCAGGUCAUCUGCCGCAGCGACACCGAGAUCCGUCGAACUGAUGUGGUUUGGAUUUGACCCUUUUUCAAAGAGGAUCUGAGCCGUGCAAGUUCAAGUCUGAGACGACGGACGCAGCUGUUUACGUCGAGAUGGUCUAAGAUCAGAUCUGAAGAGUUUUUUGACUUUAGACCUGUGUGCAACAGCAACGUUUACCUCAUAUGAGUUGAUCCUGCAGGGGAAAGGUGACGUUUCAUUAAAGAGAGCCAAAAGGAAAAAAAAAUGAAUGGAUGAGGUUAAUGUAUUUCUCUUUCUUGAACCCCAAGAAUGUGCAUUUAAAUAUAUAAUUAAUGUCAUUUUCAUGGCUGUGUGCUCUCCUAGAUCAUUUUUUGUUUUAGUUUUACAGUUCCUCACUCUUGAACAUCACAAAUAUUUGAAGGAAGAACUAGUUUCAAAGCCAAAAUGCCUUUAGUUGUUAACCACACAGUGCUAAAAAUCUCAUUUGAAGUGUCCUUUGGGGGUUUAGAUGUUUUUGUGCUACAAUAAAUUUUUUUUGUUUGCUAUCUGAACAUAUAAAA